CCAACCAUGGGAUGCACUUUCAGAUAGAUACAAGAUUAAAGGUCAAUCUGAUUGCGUGUUAAACGGAUUAGUUGAUAAUUCAACUCGGUUAACAGGGCUCACAGUUGGAGUUCAACAGGGUUUUGCCGACAUACAGUUAACUAUGAUCGAGAAAAUAAUGCUCCAUCUUCAGCUGCUAGCCUUUCUAGUAGCCUGAUCGGUGUCAGUUUCUUAUUCUAAUCAAUUAUUUCUAAGGAGAAUGGCUAGAGCUGCAUUGAUUUUGUUUCUACUCCUCCCAAUGAUUUACCAUGGAAGUAGUCGUUCAAUUAAACAAAAUCUCAAUCUUUUAUCCGACGGCAUGAAUCAAACAACCCAUGAGUCUGAAAUCCUGGAACUUACUGAGCUUAGAACAACAGUUACUUGUGAGCCAGUUUACAGUUUCUUACCUUGCUCAUCUACAGUUUGGGGAGAGCUCUUCAUGUUGGUGGUGUAUGAAUUGUUGCUGUAUUUGUCUCAGCAGAUGAUUCAAAGUGGAUCAAACCUCUUUCUUCAAAUGUUUGGAACUGGUAUAUUUGGUGCAAGUUUGUUCAACGUCCUUGGCGUAUUUCCUCAAAUCAUAUUGCUUGUCAUGUUCGGAGUCUCGGAAGAUUCGAGCAAUACUGAAUCAAUGGCAGCAGUGGUUAUGGCCAUGCUUGCAGGAACAGCAAUUAUGCAACUCUCUGUGGGUUGGGGUUCUGUUGUUGCGGUUGGUAGCUAUGAUCUUUCCGAUGCCGCAGCUUCAGAAACUUCUACAUCAACUUCAACUUUAGCUUCAUCGAACUCAGAUAACAAGAAACCAUUCAGUUUAACUGGUUAUGGUGUAGAAACUGAUAAUGAGACGAGGCACACUUCAAUGAUCAUGCUUCUAUCAAUGAUCCCAGUUCUUGUUCUUCAGCUAGCUAAAGUUAUCAAUUCAUCAACUGGGACACGAAUUCUGAUCCUCAUUUCUCUCAUUAUUACGCUAAUUUGCCUCAUCUCCUACUCGAUCUAUCAGGUUUUUCAGCCAUGGAUUCAAAACAGAAGACUAGAUUAUCUGUUGAAUAAAUUUGUAAAGAAGAAAAUACUAGGGAGUUUUCUUACCAGGAACGGCCAGCCUAAUCUUACCCUUAUAAAAGACAUCUUUCACAAGGUUGACCAGGAUGGUGAUGCGUCUAUAUCGAAUGAUGAACUGAGAGCACUGAUUCUAGGAAUACAGAUUGAACAAGUAGGCUUGGAUAAGGAGGAUUUCGCAACAAAGGUGAUGGAAGAGUUUGAUAUCUCAGGUGAUGCUCAUAUUAAUGAGAAAGAAUUUGUUAAUGGUCUCACAAAAUGGCUUACAAAGGCUAAUAACUCCAACAAGAAACAAGAUUCACAUUCUAGCCAACUGAAAUCUUCCAGCAACAAGUCACAGUUACAGAACACUAUUGAAGAGAAUAAGAGUCUGCUAGCUCAGAAAAAGGAAAGCAAGAGUAAAACUGAUGAAAAAUCCUUGUGGAAUUACAUCAAAGCUGCUGUUCUAGUGAUUGUAGGAACCGCCAUUACAGCAGUGAUUGGGAUACCCCUCAUGUUGACCCUGCAAGAAUUCUCCACUUCUGCAAACAUUCCUUCAUUUGCGGUCUCAUAUGUUGUGAUACCUGUAGCUUUAGGCUACAGACAGAUGCUUUUAAUAAUCAAAUCUGCAGGAGAGAAAACAGUACAUGCUGCCUCUUUAACAUUUUCUGAGAUUUAUGGUGGAGUAUUCACGAAUAACAUAACGGGUUUAGCCACAUUCUUGCUGCUUGUUUACAUAAGAGAUUUGAGCUGGAAUGUGUCAGCAGAAGUUCUGGUUAUCUUGAUAAUUUGCACUGCCAUGGGGUUAUUAGGGAGCUUCAUCACCAAGAUCCCAUUUUGGACAUGCAUUAUAGUAUAUCUUCUGUACCCCAUAUCUCUUCUUCUGCUUUACAUUCUCACUGAAGUUCUUGGUUGGGCUUAAGCGAUUAAGCAAAUGUUGAUACUUAUCAUCGAAGAAUAAUUGGAGGCAAGACAAAUCCGAAUUUAAAAAAAAAAAAAAAAUUAUGUACUAAACAGUUCACAACAAUUUAUGGCUUCUUGCCUUGCACAACAGGAUUUUCAGAUUCCCUGAGACAUUGUUUGGUGAGGAAUCUCAUACUUGAACUCAAGGAACCACGACUUAUAAAAUUAUUUGAAUACAUAUACCAUUUAAAUUUGCAUUUAUACGUUAUUAUUAAAAAUUAAUAAGAGGCAACAGCUUACUA